UCAUAUAGUUCAGAAUAUCUUAAAAAAGCAUAAUCAAUCCAAAUUAUUUAUGAUGGCCACGUAAAUUUAUUUAAUGAAUCUGGCUCUCGGAAGUGACGGAGAUAACGGACGGAGACCGAAGUCACGUUCUACAUACACCCAACAUGCUAUCUCCAGGAGCUUUGGUUCCCAAACAACUUCAUAUCGGAACACCAGGACAGUGUAUAAUGCCAUAUUACAGACAUGGCGGAUUUCGCUCCUAAAGAUACUCGCACCACUUCGUUGUCAUCCACCGAGAAAAAGAGAACUAGAGUCCAGCUGUCUUGUACAGCCUGCAGAAGCCGGAAACUUAAAUGCUGUCGCACAUAUCCGUGCACGAACUGCAAGAAGAGAGGUGAAGCCCUCUCCUGCACCUUUGUCGGUCGGGGUCCUCGUGGGAGGACUUCGCAUGGCCGGACGAGUCCAACUCUUGUCCAGGACCGUCUGCAGCAUCUCGAGAAUCUGAUUCUAUCAUUGACGCAGAAAAAGAGCCUGGCAGAAAGCCAUGUUAUUCAUAGGCCAGAAGGACAUGAUGGGCCAGCGACGAGCAGGAGAACUGACGCCGGAGUAAUCCCAAGGACGUCUUCUACUAGCACGGGCUUCGAGCCUAAGGAGUCCCCUCUAGACCCGUCUAGUAAGCUGGUAGUGGAAAAUACUGGAACGAGUUACAUUGACGGUGCUCACUGGACUGCCAUACUCGAGGAAAUUAACGGCGUUCGGGAGUACUUGCAAGAAGGCAAUGAUAUUUCAGAUGACGAAGCGCUUGACGACGGUCACCUCAAUACGCCUUCACCAACUCUUCUAUUAGGAUUGAACAAAGCAAUGAGCAAAGAAGACUUAUUAGCCGACGUUCCGCCACGGCCGGUAACAGAUCGACUCAUAGCACAAUUCAUCAAUAGCAAAGAACCCGUGUUACCCACAAUUCAUAUUCCCACUUUUCAAAAGGAGUACAAUCUGUUCUGGUCAAUACCACAGGCUACGUCUCUCUCGUGGCUAGCAUUCUUGUAUGCUGUUCUUACACUGUCAAUUACUAUUCAACAACGUCUGGGGGAGCCCUUACCGGUCUACCUAGGGGACUCCGGGGACAUCAUUAGUACCUUCAGGAAGCGAACCGCACAGUGCCUUGUCCAGUCAAAUUACACGCAGCCUGGCAAGUUUAAGGUCGAGGCGCUUUUCUAUUAUACAUUAGGAGAAUUUUAUCGAAGCAAUGAUGCUCAAGUCAGCGUAUCCUUCCUCCUUGGGCUCACUAUUAGGUUAGCGAUGCGGACGGGGUAUCAUCGCGAUCCGGGCCAUUUUCCCAGCAUUUCCGUUUAUGAAGGUGAAAUGAGGAGACGUGUGUGGGCGACUAUGCGCCAACUAGACACCUUAAUCUCGUUUCAAGUUGGUCUGCCACGGACGAUACAGGACUGGCAAGAUGAUGUCGAACUGCCACGCAAUAUAUGCGAUGAAGACUUUAACGAAGGAACUACGCAUCUGCCACCAUCGCGACCCGAGUCUGAACUCACUACUACGUCCUAUAUUCGGGCGAAAUCGAGAAUCAUGGGUGUGUUUGGCAAAAUCUCAGAUCUUGCAUAUUCGCGGGAAGCCGUAACCUACGACGAAAUUCUUGAGAUUGACCGUCAAUUGGAGGAAGCCUAUGGCCUGGUUCCUUUUAACUUUCGAAUACGGCCAGUAGAUCAAUCAUUCGCAGACCCAUCGGAUCUGAUUCUCCGGCGAUACACAUUGGAACUAUUGUAUCAAAAAGCUCGCUGUGUGCUCCACCGACGUUAUUUAGGUGAAGUCCACAGUAAUCUCCGGUAUGCAUAUUCGAGAUGGGUUUGCAUGAGUGCAUCCAAGGAGAUACUCCGUCACCAAGCAGACUUGCACCAUGAAACUCAACCAGGAGGGAUCUUAUAUCGCGACAGGCAAUUCCCAAAUUCACUCCAGUAUGCUGAUUAUCUGCUUGCUGCGAUGAUAAUCUGUCUAGAGUUGUCCUAUGAUCCUCCGAGGGAGCCGAUCAUGAACAGCGAUGUAACGGUCGUUAUCAAAGGACGCGAAGACCUUCUAACUAGUUUAGAAAUGUCCCAUCAAAUUUUUGAGCAGAGUCGCCGACGAUCGAUGGAUGCACAGAAGGCAUAUGCUGCGUUGACAAUCAUGCUUCGCAGGGUUAAGAAAGGGGGUAUGAGUACAGCAGAACCGAUUAAAGGACUGGCAGCUGGCAACUCAGAUGACCGACCGGUUGAUACGCACACCGCUCCGCCUCCAUCGUAUGAAAGCUUGAGCGCGGCAAACGCACCAUACUCCAUUUCUACGUCAAGCGAGAGACUCGGGCUGGAUGUAGUAGAACCUUCUUUCACAUCUCUGGACGUGAUCGAAGGGAUGCUUGAUGCUCCUUCUAAUAUCGACUGGCAUUUGUGGGACGAACAAGUUCAGCGUCCCGCACAGCCUUCAAGGAACAACAACCUUUGGUAUCCUGAUCCUGCGUUUAGUGGUAUCGUAGAUAGUAACUCGCAGUAGUGACAUGGGACACUCAACGGAACAGGCGAUCGUAAUGAUUUUUGCUCGAAAAGGACAUCACUCAAUUAAAAGGCAGUAUCUCAUGCUAUCAUCAUACAUAGUUCGCUAUUCCUUAUAUAGUUCUGUUUGAAGACCCUCGG